GCUCAACUCAACGGAUCGUCAAAAAUUCCAGCUUCGCAUUUUAGACUUUUCUUUACUCCCCUGUACCCGCACGCAUCCAAUCUUUUCUUCUCUUUUUCUAAUUUCUCUCUCCCCUUUCUCGGUCGACAUUACAAAGGCACGCUAAAUUCUCUCUCUCCAUCUUUGAUCUUUCUCUCUGGCUGUGUACAACUAAACGAUCUGUGAAAUCUCUGCCAAAAUCAUAAGUUUUGAGUUAGGGUUUUGAUUGGAGAAAUGGGAAGUCGGUUGAAGGAGGAUGAGAGGAAUGAGAGAACUAUACGGAAUCUGUUGAAACUUCCUGAGAAUCGGAGGUGUAUUAACUGCAAUAGUCUGGGACCUCAAUAUGUGUGCACAAGCUUCUGGACAUUUGUUUGCACAACUUGCAGUGGCAUACACCGAGAGUUCACUCACAGGGUUAAAUCCGUGUCAAUGGCCAAAUUUACUACUCAAGAAGUUAGUGCUCUUCAAGGAGGAGGAAAUGCGAGUGCCAAGGAAAUAUAUUUCAAAGAAUGGGAUGCUCAACGACAAUCCUUCCCCGAUAGCAGUAAUGUUGAGAGACUUCGGGACUUUAUCAAACAUGUUUAUGUGGAUAGAAGAUACUCGGGUGAGAGAAGCUUUGAGAAGCCUCCUAGAGCAAAAAUGGGGGAAACAACAGAAGACACAUACCAAGGUGGUUCCAGAAGCCCGCCGUAUGAAAACGAGCGGCGUUACAGCGACCGCCCUAGUCCCGGUGGAAGAAGCGACACGAGUUCCAGAAACAGUUACGAUGAAAGGCGCAGUCCGGAAUACAACAACCAAAGCCAAGAUUUCAAAAAAAGUAGCCCUGCGCGUGGUGGUGGUGAUGUUGUCAAUGACUGGCGUCGGGAAGAUAGAUUUUCAAAAACUCCCGACUUAGGCCGCUCCCCUGAUCGCCAAAAAGACAUUUCUAGCCCUCCUUUAGUUAGACCUGUUAGAGAGAUACUCGGAGAAAGUGUCUCCCCUUUGAGAGUCAUUGAACCUCCUCCCAAAACCAAUGGCGGCUCAACUUCUUUACAACCACAGAGAACCGCGUCUUCUAGUAGCCUGGCGUCUUCCAAUGGGAAUCCUCCUGUAACUGAACUAAGAAGAGAAAGCUCUUUGAUUGAUUUUGACACUGAUGAUCCUCAACCUACUCCUUCAACCACUUCGGUCCCACAAACACAGCAAAUUCCGCCUUCUGUUCCUGUUUCGUUAAGCGACAAUUGGGCAAACUUUGAUUCAACUCCAACUCCAACUCCAACUCCAACUCCAGUGGUAACAAAGCCGAUGCCUUCUUCUCAAGCUCCUUCAAGUGGUGCUAACUUGCUUGACAUGCUUUCUGAGUUAUCAGUUCCUGCAUCUGGUAACAACCCACAAAUAUCACUUUUUGGCACAAAUCCUCCUCCUCCUGCUGCUGUUGCACCACCAUCGGCGUUUGCCGCUGGCGGUGGUCCGGCGGCACCAUCACCGCCACCGUUUGAUGCGUUUGGGAACUCUGGUGGUGGACCACAGUGGCAAAAUGUGCAGCCUCAGCAAAACGUUAUGCAGCCUCCUGCAUUGUUUAAUCAGGCUCCAACUACAAGUGUAGAUUCUCAAGUUACAUCUAAACCUGCUGCUAAACAAGAAUUACCUGCGGAUUUAUUUACUUCAAGUUAUUCACCUUUUGGUGGACAGGGUGCUCAAGGGUGGUACCCUGCUCCUCAAUAUGGGAUGGGAUUCAACAUGCAAUAUAAUGUUCCAAUGCAGCAGCAGAUGCCAGCAGCAUUUGGGCAGCCGCCAAGAUCAGCAAAUCCAUUUGAUGUGAAUGAAUCAGCUCCAACAAUGUUCCCUUCGAUGGCUCCGUUGCAGAAUGCGUUACCAAACAUGGGACCUCCUCCAUCAGGUGUACAGCAAGCAUGGAUGCCCUCUCAACCUUCUCAUCCUUUAGCAACGCCACCAUAUGGAUCAUCAAUGCCCUCUGGCCCAUUCAUGGGGCAACCACCUCCAAACGUCCCGUCUCAACCUCAACCCAGGGGGCAAGUAGGAAAUUUUGGAUACGACCUCAGUUCUUUUGGUUCCUUGAAUAAUCCCAAUCAACAACAAAACACCUUCUCUUCAAACCCAUUUGGGUAAUUCAAAAAACCACAAAAAAAAAAAAAUCCUGAAUAUAAAUUGGUAAUGAAUCAAGGAAGGAGCAUUUGCAUUGCAUCAUCUGAUU